CUUUGGAAACCUGUCCACGGGCCUUCUCCAGACAAUUCCUUCCAGACCCAGGGACCCGUGUCCGAGGACCUCAGGCUGAUGGGGGCCCAGCUCUGCUCCCAGGCUGACGCCGAGGCGCCGCGAGAGACACUCCGCUUCCACGCCGAGGCCAAGGGCGCGCAGGUGCGUCUGGACGCCAAGCGGUGCACUGCGCACAGGCGCGCCACGUUCCACGACGGCAUCGUGUUCAGCCAGCGGCCGGUGGCGCCGGGCGAGCAGGUGGCGCUGCGCGUGCUGUGGCACGAGACCGGCUGGUGCGGCGGGCUCCGCGUGGGCUUCACGCGCCUGGACCCCGCGCGCUUGUCCGCGCCCAGCCUGCCGCCCUUCGUGUGCCCAGACCUGGAGCAGCAGAGCCCGACAUGGGCGGCCAUGCUGCCCGAGGGCGGCGCGCUGGCCGGGGACGUGGUCCGCUUCUGGGUGAACAGCGGCGGCCGGCUCUACGCCAGGGUCAACGCGGGCCCCCGGCUCCUGCUGCGCAAGGGCGUGCUCCUGGGCGCCCCGCUCUGGGCCGUGAUGGAUGUGUACGGGACCACCAAGGCCAUCGAGCUGCUGGAUCCCAUGGCCAGCGUCUUCCCCUCAACCAUGCCAUGGCCCUUCAGUGAUGAGACUCUGCAGCCUGAAGCUGCAGCAGGGGAGGAGUGCACCAUCUGUUUCCACCGUGCUGCCAACGCCUGCCUUGUCCCCUGCGGCCACACACACUUCUGCAGCUACUGCGCCGAGCGGGUCUUCAUGGACUCGGCCAAGUGUCCUGUAUGUCGCUGGAAGAUUGAGGCCGUGGCCCCUGCUUGGGGCCCCCCUACUCUGAGGACUGGACGGGGCCUCUGGGUGUGGGGGGCAGACUGAGUCUAGCUCUG